ACGUCACUGAUUGUGAGAACUGCAGAGGCGAGACGCUUCAGGCUUAGACUGGUUUCUCUCGAUGAUUUGCAAGCUUGAUCUCCCAAGAAACUGCAGAUUGUUAGACAAGCUCAUAAACAACUACUGGCGUCUUUAGUUCUGUCAUACGCCGAGGUUCGACCACCGGACCUAAUUCGAACGUUUUCCGAUUGUUCCCGACUUGAACGAAAGGCCUACGGAUAGUGAGGGAAGAAUAUCUGACGACUUUUCGGUUCUCACCUGCAAACACCAAGCUGAUGUAGCAGCUUAUCCUUCUACAACUGUCGUUACACCAUGUGGCCCUUCAGCAGCAGCUCCGAGAAGCCGACGGCUCCGUCAAGCGCGCAAAAUGAAUCCACCGCCUCAGCGCAGUCCCAAAGCGCGGCAGACCACCUGAAGAAGGCGGACGCCGACAUCGACCCUAAGAAUCUCCCUGAGAAGCAGAAGCUGCCACCGAGGCUCCAGCGGCUUUUGGACAAGUCCGCAAAAGAAGAAAAUCUGUUCGACGAGCUAGUCGAGGGCUACGUGCCACCGUCCACCGACUCCAACGUUCGCUAUGCCGCCUACGCAGCCCGCUUCCGCACCAUCCUCCUCUCCGCCCACCGCUACGUGGCCUACACGUCGGACAUUGGCGAGUCCUUCAGGCCCGUGGCGCACCCCUGGCUGGUGCGCUCCGCGUACGGCGUCUCGUGGGCCUACAUCCUCGGCGACGUCAGCUAUGAAGGCUACAAGGCGUACCUGCACAACCAGCGGGUCCUGAACCCGCAGCUCGAGCUGACCACGCGCCAGCAGCAGAUCCUCGGGCUGGACGAUGACGGAGCAGCACCCAGGCCGGCCGCCCCGCCCGGCGUCAUCCCCCCCCUGGAGGACUACAGGACGGUGAUGCUGCAGCGCGGCAUCUUCCAGAGCAUCGCGAGCAUGGGGUUGCCGGCGUUUACCAUCCACAGCGUGGUGAAGUAUAGCGGACGCGCCAUGAAGGACGUCAAGAAUGCGAAGCUGAGGACGUGGGCCCCGAUUGGUUUGGGCCUCUCGGUCGUGCCGUUCCUGCCGGCCAUGUUCGACAAGCCGGUCGAGAAUGCGGUCGAGUGGGCGUUCCACAAGGGGUUCGAGACCUUUGGCGGCCCUCAGGCCGUGGGGAACGCGCCGCUCAUCGGGAGGGAAAAACGGCUGAGUGAGAGGCCGAAAGAAAAGAGGGAGUGAGAUUACCGGGCAUUUGAUGGCGACAAUCUCUGCUCUGAGUUUGUUGUGUUAUAUAUAUAGUACGCAACCCCCGCUCUAGAGUCACUGCUUGAUGAAGGUGUUUUGGAACGGCAGACGGCAUGUAGCAUGAACAACUAUUAGGGUCACUUGAUGAGAGGGUAUUAUAAUUCCUCCUA